AUGUUUAGGUUACAUAAGCACAGGGCACCGAAAUCAGGAGACAAAUUUGAGUUCAGAAUCUCUCAUCUUAAGGCGCUGCAGGUACCCAAAGGGUGGGACAAGCUGUUUGUUUCUGUUGUCUCCGUAGAAAAUGGUAGAACAAUUGCAAAGUCGAGCAAAGUGCCAGUGCGUAGUGGGGGUUGUCAAUGGUCAGAUGCCUUUUCAGAAUCUAUAUGGGUUUCGAGAGAUUCUUCCAAGGAGAUUGAUGAUUGUGUCCUCAAGCUUAUUGUUGCAAUGGGGUCAUCAAGAUCUGGCAUCCUGGGGGAGGCCACUGUUAGUUUGACCAGCUAUAUGAGUUCAGGUGCUGCUAUUCCACUUUCAAUCCCACUGAACAAGUGCGUUCAUGGGACUAUUUUGCAAGCCAUCAAAGAAAAUAAUUAUGAUCUGGCUAUCAAGUCCAAUGAAUCUGAUUGUUCAAAUGUCCAGAGUGUUGAAUCUUCCUCAGUUGAAGAUUUUGAUUCUAUCUUAUCCCCCGGAGAAAUUGAGACAAGGGCAACAAGCUUCUCCGGAUCUGUAUCAAACUGCAGCCAUAACUCAACUGAGGGUUCCACAGGUAGGGGAAAUAUUUCCCCAAGUAUCAGUGACGGGCAGAGCCCGACCGGAAGACAAGGUUCAACCAGUUCCCAGAAAAGUGUAUCCCAUCACGAUUACCCAGUGAAUUCUUCUCUGUCAAAUAAUUCGUCAUUUGAUUCCCAGAAUAUGCAAGAUAUUAGUGCAUUACCUUCUAAAACGGCCAAUGCUUCUAAUAACCGUCUGGAACCUGCAGAGGACACAAGUGAAGAGCUACGAGCAGAAGCGAAGAUGUGGGAAAUGAACGCCCGAAAGCUAAUGGGUGAUUUAGACAUAUUGAGGGCAGAAUUCUCAGAUCAAUCUAAAAAACUGGCAGGUAUGAAAAUGGAACUUGCGGCGGCCCAUGUAGAGCGUGAUGAUUUAAAAGAAGAAGUUGAACAGUUAAAAUUGUCAUUUGAGGGUUCAAGACUGAGGCAGAAAGCAUCGGAAGAUUCACUAUCUCAAGGUGAAUGUAUUUCAGAAAUUGAGAAUGCUCUGAAAGAGGAAUUGAAGUUCGAAAAAGAAUCCAAUGCCAACUUGUCUUCGCAACUAAAAAGGAGCCAAGAAGCAAAUGUGGAGCUCGUUUCUGUUCUUCAAGAGCUGGAAGAGACCAUAGAACAGCAGAAAAUUGAGAUGGAAAACCUUUCAUCAUUACCCUCGAAAUUCAAUGAUCUGGAAAAAUCUUUCCAAAUAAGUACAGAAGGAAACAAGCGCUUAAUGCAACAGCUAGAACAACUGGAGGAGUCGAAGAAAAAUCUACUGGUCAAGGUGCAAGAGUUGGAAGAUGCAUUGGAGGACAAAGUUCGAGACACGGAACAUUCGAAGAUUCAAAAUAACAAAACCCUUUCAGAUAUUGAAAUGGAAUAUGAAGGCAAAUUAUCUGCUAAAGAUAAAGAAAUAUUAAGUUUGAAAGCAAAGCUAUUUGAAUCUAUCCCAGAAAGUCGUAAUGUGGAGACUGUGUCCAAAAACUUAGGUGAUGCAGAUCUUUUGAGAGAAAUUGAAGUACUGAAAGAGAAAGUUCAGGAACUUGAGGUAGACUGCAAUGAACUAACAGAAGAAAACCUUGAGCUCUUAUUCAAGCUAAAAGAAGCAAAGAAAAAUUCGAAAGAUGGUGGAGCAUCUCAAGACCUUUUGUCAGACAAGGUAAAAGAUCAAUCUUCUACUAGCUUUGGGUCUGAGGUAAGCAACAAUUUAUUUCGAAUAUUCCAUUCAGAAGACAUGCUCCAAGGGAAAAACAACAUUAAGAGUAAUAAUGAUGUUCACAUAUCAAUUCAAAGCCUUGAGACUUCAAAAUUAGCUCUAGAAGUCCGAAUCAAAGAUUUGAAUAAGGAACUAACUGAUAAAACAUCUGAGAUAGGAAAUCUUGAGGUUAAUUUAUCAUACAAAGAAAAGGAGAUUGGGGUUCUGCAAAGGCUAAUGAGUGAGAUAGAAGCCAAGGUUUAUCAUCUUGAACAAGAAAAUAGUCAACUUGAGAAACAAAUAGAGGCCAUGACAAAAGAAAAUAAGCAUGAACUGGAGCUCAACAUAUCAGACAUAGAACAGGAAAGGCAACAAUUAUCAAUGCGUGUUUCUGUUUUAGAAGCUCAGUUGAGAGAUUUGACAAAUAAACAAGAGUUUCAUUUAGCAGAACUCGAGAACUCUAGAUCUCAAGCUGGAAGGCUUCAAGAGAAGAUUAUGGAGAUGCAGACUGAGAUAGAUUCUUCAACAGAAGACUUGGAGGAAAAAUUAAAGGUUGCACAUUUUCGCUGGUCAGAGGCACAAGAAGAAUGUCAGUAUCUAAGAAGAGCAAACCAGAAUUUACAAAAUACCAUAGAAAAUCUUACGGAAGAAUGCAGUUAUGCCAAGAACAUAAAUGGAAGUUUGAGGCAGAAAAUGUUGAAGUUAGAGGAAUGUUGCUCCAUUAUGGGAGCAAGGUUAAGGGAAUCAGAUGAAAGAUUCGCUAAGUGCUCUGAAAGAGUGGAACACCUGGAACAGAACUUCAUUUUAAUGCUGGAAGAUAUUGCAUCAAAAGAGAAACAUAUAACUUCAGAUUUAGAUGGUCUUUUUGAUGAAAAUAGGAAGCAUAUGGAGCAGGGUGAAGUCUUAUUGAAUCAGAUGCAAAUGGAGAAGAUGGUAGAAACUCAAAACCUAGAACUAGAAGUUGAGAACCUCAGUUUGAAACUUUCGACAGCAUAUGAUGAAAAAGAGAGAAUAGCUUCCAACGCUUUGCUUGAAGUAUCCACAUUACGUGCUGAUAAUGCCAAACUGGAAUCUGCUUUUGUAGAAGCUCAAUCUAAAGUGAUUUUGGCUAGGAACGAGGUUGAUACGGUGCAGUCUCAAUAUGAACAAAAGCUGAAUGACCUAACAACUCAGGCUUCCGAAUACAAAAUUAGAGCGGAAAUGCUGACGACUGAACGUGAAAAUUUGUUGAAGCUGGUGGAAGACAGCAAAUCAAGAGAGUUAAAAUUCAAAAGUACUAUAAAUGCCCUUGAAUUAAAACUUACAGUCACUGAAUAUGAAAGACAACAAAUCAUGGACGAAUCUGGAAAUUUAAAGGUUCAAUUGCAGCAGACCCAGCAAUUUGAAAAUGAGAAUUUAGCUCUAAAGAAUGAGCUCGAUGCUUUCAAAUCUGAGAAUGAGAGACUGGAAGCCUCAUUACGCGUAACAUCUGAACUAUGUGAAGAUUUGAAGGCGGAUAAGACAUCCCUCGAAGAAAGACUUCUGCAGUUGGAGAAUGACUUAAAGGCAAGAGAAACGAGGUGUGUCCAGCAGGAUACUGAGCUCAGUCACUGCAGAAGAAUAAACAGGCAACAUCAACAAACCAUACAACAGCUUGAACAGGAAAAAGCUGAAUUCGAAACAAAAGCCCAAGCCCUUGAAGAAGAAUCGAAGCUGAUUAAGGAACAAAAGAGAAAUCAGGUCUCAAAGUUCAACAGGAAAUCUUCACCUGUGCACGAUGAUCUGAAGACAUCAAAAAAUCUUGGGGUGAAGAGCACCAAUCAACAUCGCAUUAAUAGGAAAAAGUCAUUAAAGAAUGACAGCAUCAAACAUCAGAGUGAGGUAGAAACCGAACUUGAACUUCGUGAUGAAAAUGUUCAUGCUGUUGAAGCAGAUCCAUUGUCAAAGACUCAAUUGCUUGAUAAUGAACUAGCAAAAGCAAAAGAAGCCAAUAAUAACAUUUAUGAAGUUCAACUUCACAGAUCACCAUCUAAAGGGCAAAACUUACCCGCAAAUGGCCCAGUAAAAUCUGUGGCUGAGGAACUAGUAACGAAAGAAAAAUUUGAAAGAACAAAAUCUAUGCUAGAGGCAGAUUUGAGAGAUAUUCAGGAGCGCUACUUCCACAUGAGCCUUAAGUAUGCUGAGGUGGAAGCUGAGCGUGAAGAACUUGUGAUGAAGCUCAAGGCGACCAAGAACAAAAAAGGAUGGCUUUCAUAG